GCUCUCCCUCUCUUCUUCAUGCUCCUCCCUUCUUCCUCCCUCGCCCUCGUCCUCGCUCUGGUCGUCUGUUUUUUUUUUCCUGCCCUUCGCGCUCUCUUUCGACACCCUUGUCACUCGCUGACACGUCCAGGUGUAGUUGCUGGAUGCCUCCGUCUGUGUUUGAACUCACGCCGCCUUAGGGCCGGUGUUGGUGUCGCGUCCCCCCCCCUUUAAUCUUCGCUGCAUCUUGUGUUGUGCAUCUUGUGUUGUGUUUUCUCGGAUUCUUACCUAGGAUUCUCUUUUUCCGGGUCAUCGUGACUUGAUGUCUGGCUCUUUUCUUCUGGGAACUUAGUAUAGUGCGUUUCGCUGUGUGGAGAAGGGGAUAGGUUCUGGUCGACUACGGGAAGUGACAGAUCGAAUUCUCUUGCAUACUUCCUCAGCGCAGGAGGUCGGUCGGGCAGGUUACCAUGGGCAAGGGACCAGGGUUCUACACAGAUAUUGGGAAGAAGACUAAAGAUCUUCUUAACAAGGACUACACAUAUGACCAGAAAUUUGUCAUCACCACAAGCACCAAGUCUGGAUUGGCCUUCACCUCGACUGGGUUGAAGAGGGGAGAGGCAUUCACAGGGGAUUUGAACACGCAAUUCAAGAACAAGAAUGUCACUGCUGAUGUGAAAGUUGACACCAAGUCGAAUAUUUUUACGACUAUCACAAUCGAUGAGUUCGCACCCGGAGCCAAGAGUGUGUUCAGUUUCACUAUCCCCGACCACAAGUCAGGGAAGCUUGAGAUUCAGUACAAGCAAGACUACUGCGGAAUUACUGGUUCCAUUGGUUUGUCGCCUUCACCUAUUGUGGAGGCAACCGGGGCCCUUGGGAAUGACGGGUUCUCCGUCGGUGGUGAGGUUGCCUUCGACUCUGCUAAUGGGUCACUAAUUAAGUACAACGCUGGUGUCGGUCUGGUUAAGCCCGACUUCAACGCCUCCAUAAUCUUGGCUGAGAAAGGCGACUUGCUGAAGGCUUCUUACCUACACACAGUGAGCCCAAUUUCAAGGACGACCAUGGCUGCUGAGAUCGCUCACAGGUUUUCCAAGAAUGAGAACACGUUUACUGUCGGAGGUUUGUACGAGUUGGACACUCUAACCACUGUGAAGGCUCGAUUGAACAACCAUGGAAAGUUAGCUGCCCUACUCCAGCACGAGUGGAGGCCGAAGUCUCUGGUCACCUUAUCUGGGGAGGUGGAUACUAAGUCCUUGGAUAAGACAGCGAAGAUCGGUUUGGCUUUGGCUCUCAAGCCAUGAGAAGAUGAACUUAAGUCCUUAACUUUGGACUACUCUUACUGGGUGGUGCUUACGACUAGAACGGUGUGCUGCGUUGUGAUUUUUGACUUAGAAGAUGUGAGGUUGUCUCUACGUUUAACGUUCUGUUUCGCAGAGAUGGUGAGAUCACACCAGGAAGAGAAUAAGAGUUUCUGUAUUACUGCUCAAUUUUAAUGAACGAUCAGAUUCUUUCCAGAAUGAGUUCGAAAAGUUGUUACCGAGA